GUGACGGUAGCGCUCACGGCGCAUGCGCGCACAAUCAUAAAUAUGCGCGCUGCCUGACAGACAGUCGACAGCAAAUCAGCUGGAGCAAUAUGACUGGCUAGUUUCUUUCUGUCCUCUCUUGUGCUGUUUGUCGCGUGAGGUCAGAGGUCAUGGCUGCUGAUUGUGGCAUGUUCGUGGACUGGUCUCAGAUGGGCGAUGUGAGUCGCGACGCGGAUCCCGGUAAGAUCGAAUAUAAAGACUUAAAGGAGCUGAAGCAGCACGCCCGCUCGGGUCAGUGGGCCAAAAAUCACAGCCAGCGCUCGGCCGUUUACCGGCAGCUGCUCAAAGUGCUCCCGUGUCGCACCGUCACGCCGGACGCCGCGGUCUACCGCGACAUCGUAGGCAGUGCUAACAGCAAGCGCAUCUCAUCCACUCCCCAGCUGCCUGAGUUCGUGGACGGGGUGGCAGUGCCAUGCUACAGUCUAAAGCCCGAAUCUGUGGGGUCGGUGCAUGCUGUUCUUUCCUGCAUCGCAGGGCAGUUCCCGGAUAUCUCGUAUUGCCCGUCUUUACCGGCGGUGACCGCGCUGCUGCUGCACUGGAGCGCCGAUGAAGCGCAGUGCUUCGAGAGCGUCAGCCGCAUGCUGGCCUGCAACGAACCCGGGCGCCGUUUAUUAGAUCAGACUUUCCUUGCAUAUCAAUCGGCCAGCAUGACCUUCGGCGACCUCGUGCAUAAAUACUGCCCGGCCGCGCAUAAGCUGAUGGUGGCCACCGCGACAGACGUCCUGGAGGUUUACUCCGACUGGCAGCGAUGGGUUCUGGGCGACCUUCCGUUUAGCUUCGCUGCGCGUGUGAUGGACGUCUAUUUGGUGGAGGGGUACAAGGUCCUUUACCGCGUGGCGCUGGCGAUACUGAAGUUCUACCGCAAGCAGCGCAGCGCUGCAACAAGCUCGGCUUUAACCAAACAGGACUCGGCGGCGAUCAGGAGCGAUAUCCAGGCGUUCGUGCAGAACAUCGGGAAAAGUGUGACUCCGGACAAGCUGCUGGAAAAGGCCUUUUCCAUCCGUCUGUUCAGCCGGAAAGAGAUCACGCUGCUGCAGCUGGCCAAUGAGAAAUCACUCCAGCAGAAAGGCAUCACCGUCAAACAGAAGAGUUCUAUCAAAAGACAAAAUGUGCAGUUAGCAGUGAACGCUGAUAAUUUCAGCUCGGAGAUCGUCAGCGCGAAAGAGAUCAGAGAUAUCUGGUCCUGGAUCCCGGAGCGUUUCGCUUUAUGUCAACCGCAGCUGCUCUUCACCACAUCCACACACGGAUGCAGCCUCAACAGGUUUUAUUCUCAUUGUGAGGGAUACGAGCCGACACUGAUGCUCAUCAGGACUACAGACGGAGAGGUGUGUGGAGCCUUCCUGUCCACUGAUUGGGAGGAGCGGAAGAGGGGCGGGAACAAGUCCAGCUUCUUUGGCACCGGAGAGUGUUUCGUCUUCAGAAUGAAGCCGGAGAUGGAGCGUUAUGAGUGGGUGGUUAUCAAACACCCGGAGCUGGUGAACACGGCUCAGUCCGCAGACGAUGAACAGAACUGUGCUAAUAACAACGAUGAUGCAGCUCAGUCUCUAGAGGAGCCCACAGCAGACGCGUCUCAGCUGUCACCCUUCCUCUCCACACGACACUUCAACCUCAACUCAACCAACACCUCCAUGUUCAUGGCGGGAAACGCCGACUCCAUCAUUAUCGGAGGAGGUGAAGGGAACGCUCUGUACAUCGACUCGGAGCUGAACCACGGCCGAACCGAGCGCUGCCUGACCUUCGACAACCCACCGCUGUGUGCCGAGAGCUUCCAGGUCGCUCUUCUGGAGGUGUGGGGCUUCAGAGAUGCCAUGGCUUCAUAAGAGCAGCUCUCCACGACUGCAGAUGCUGACAGAUGCUGUGGCUGUAAAAUAGACGUCCCUUCAUGAUGUGCUGCUCCUCCAGUGCACUAAAAUAUCCGACCUAAACUCCUGUGAAGAUCUCAUGUUUAUUGAGUAUAUUUAUCGAUUUAAAACAUAUCUCGAGGUUUGUUUUGAUUGUUUUCUUAUCGGUGGAAAGCUGUUCUGAUUCAGGAAAUGAAGUUUAGUAUUGAAGGAUUCGGUCAGUUUCGUCAAAACCGCUUUUUGCAUUUUCUGCAGUAAUGAUUAAAUAUCUACAAGAAAUGAGGAGACUUUCAUGUUAAAUCAAAACCAUAUUUAUCGACGUGAUUCCAGCAAGGUGUUAGAAAUCUGUCACUGUCUUUUCUGGUGCGGAACACACCGAUAUAUCACUGUUUUCUAAUUACAGUCACAAGAACGUGGUGAGGGUCAUCAAAAUGUUUUAUUUUUUUAUACAAUAUAUAAUUUGUUUCUUUUCAUUUUGGGAUGAAAAUGUAUUUAUGGAUUUACCCAGCGAGUUUUCUCUGUUCUCUCUGGAAACCACUGCAUACAAAAUAAAAAAAGCUUGACUUUUAUCUCACAGUUGAAUGAUAUAAACUCACAAUUGUGUUAUAAUGUCAGAAUUGCAAGAUAACUCAAACUUCAGAGAAAAUUUUGAUUUCUUUUGGUUGGUAAUUUUUUUUUUUUUUUUUUUUAUCAGAAUGGAGAGUUUUUCCAAAUUGGGAGUUUGUAUCCGAAUGGGGAGUUUGUUUCGGAAUGGGGAGUUUGUUUCGGAAUGGGGAGUUUGUUUCGGAAUGGGGAGUUUGUAUCCGAAUGGGGAGUUUGUAUCCGAAUGGGGAGUUUGUAUCGGAAUGGGGAGUUUGUAUCGGAAUGGGGAGUUUGUUUCGGAAUGGGGAGUUUGUUUCGGAAUGGGGGGUUUGUUUCGGAAUGGGGAGUUUGUAUCCGAAUGGGGAGUUUGUAUCCGAAUGGGGAGUUUGUAUCGGAAUGGGGAGUUUGUUUCCGAAUGGAGAGUUUGUAUCGGAAUGCGGAGUUUGUUUCGGAAUGGGGAGUUUGUUUCGGAAUGGGGAGUUUGUAUCGGAAUGGGGAGUUUGUUUCCGAAUGGAGAGUUUGUUUCCGAAUGGAGAGUUUGUUUCCGAAUGGGGAGUUUGUUUCGGAAUGGGGAGUUUGUUUCCGAAUGGAGAGUUUGUAUCGGAAUGGGGAGUUUGUUUCCGAAUGGGGAGUUUGUAUCGGAAUGGGGAGUUUGUUUUCGAAUGGAGAGUUUGUUUCCGAAUGGAGAGUUUGUAUCGGAAUGGGGAGUUUGUAUCGGAAUGGGGAGUUUGUAUCCGAAUGGGGAGUUUGUAUCGGAAUGGGGAGUUUGGAUCGGAAUGGGGAGUUUGGAUCGGAAUGGGGAGUUUGUUUCCGAUUUCUGACUUUGUAUCUUGCAAUUGAGAGUUUUUAUGAUACAAUUCGGAGAAUAAAUGUCAGAGUUGCAAGAAAAAGUCACAAAUAACUUUAUUUUUUUGGUUCAUUAGCAGAAAUGGGCUUCCAUAGUUCUUCUAUGCAGCUUUGUGCCAACUGGGAAAAAUAUAUUUUCCAGGUUCUCGACACACAGAGGAUGGGAAAACACGAGCUCUUCAUAAACCUCCAGUGGAAACAGAAACACUUUUGGGGCAUUUAGCGACUUUCAAUGGCAUUCCAGUGUUCUUUUAAAUCAGAAAUCAACAUCCUGUCAUCACGGACUCAUUGUCCUCUCGUUGUUCCAAACGACGUAUAUGACUUUUUUUCUAUAGUGUGACACAAACAGAGAUAUUUUGCAGUGAAAGUCGAGUGGUCAGAGCUAUCAAGCUGCUAAAUGAACAAAAAAAAAAAAAACACCAUUAAAGUUAGAUUUAAACAAAAUAAUAAUAAUGAAAACAGAUCCUGAAAAAUCCUGAAAAGUUGUGUUUUUUUGUGCAUGUAAUAAAGAAAGUCAUCUUGUCUUGGAACAACAUUUUCUAUGAUAAAUGCAUUCUAUCUUAAUUUACAUUGAAUGAUUUUGAUCAUAUGAUCAUAUCACUCCGUCCAAAUAAAAAAAAAAAAAAAAAAAA